AUCUAAAACUCCCUCUAGUAGUGUUGGGUCCCUCCAUGCUUUAAAUAAUGCUUUAAAGUCACUUCCAAAUCCAAUAAGAGAGAAAUAACAGGCUUAUAUCUACAGGAAUGGAACAUAAGAAUAGACGGAUUACAAUCUCAUACCAGCUUAUUCUCUCAUUGCUCUAAACAAAACAUAUAUACUUCAAGUCUUUAUUGUUUGUUUGAGUUUAGUGUAGGCAAAAAAAAAAAAAUGGUUUGCAGUGCUCAAAGAGUGCUUAUAUUUCUUAUCAUUUUUGAGCUAUUAGCAGUUCAAGCAGAUAAAGUUUCUGGCUUGAGAAGGAUAGACCUUGUCUUUACGUAUAGUCAAGAAGAAGAUGGAAUAGCUAGCAGGAGGAAUCGACGCAUUCUUGAGGCUGCUGACAUGAAGGGAAUGGGCACAGGGAAAAACUUACCUGCACCAGUAAACAACACAUUUGAUCCGAAUCAAUCAAGCAAAAGAAGAGUUAGAAGAGGAUCAGAUCCUAUCCACAACAGGUCUUGACGACAAAAUUCAAGGGUUUCUUCAACAAGGAAGAUUAAUAACCUCAAAGUUCAAACACUUCGAGAAAGAAACAAACAACUUCAGCAUAGUGCAGAUAAAACUAGAAGGUGGUAAAACUGUAUCUGCUAUCUCAAGAAACUUUUUUAUGAGGGUUGAUUGAUUGGUUUUUCUCUAUUUUUUGUUUUUGAUGGGUUGUGUAUAGUUAAGUUACUAGAGAAAGCCUAGUUCUUGUAGACAGUUUAGUGAGCCAGCAUCAUCUUUGUACUGUAAGCUGCAAUCCUGAUAGGUGACCAAGAAGAAAGCAAAAUAU